CUCUAUGGCUCUCUUCAAUUCCCAAGCUGUUUUGUUAGUUUUGCUUGCAUUCUUUGUUUUCUCAGUAGUUUCAUCGGACCCAGAUCCACUCCAAGACUUUUGCAUUGGAGAUCUCAGCGUUGUCCCGGGCAUCAAUGGAUUCCCAUGCAGGAACCCAUCAACAGUCACAGUAGAUGAUUUCAUCUACAGCGGAAUCGUCAACUCCUCUAACACCACAAACAUCAAUCGCUCCGGCGCCAUCUUUGGAACAGCACUGAGGUUUCCUGGUCUCAACACUUUGGGUCUCUCCAUCGCCAGGCUCGACUUCCUUCCCGGAGGAAUCAUUCCCCCACACACCCAUCCCAGAGCCUCGGAGAUGGUCUACGUAGAAGAAGGGAGCGUCUACGCUGCCAUUGUCACCGCGGACAAUCGUUUGUUUGCUCGAGUGAUGAACAGAGGCGAAGUUAUGGUGAUUCCCCGAGGAUUGAUUCACUGGCAGAUGAACGUUGGAAGAACAAAUGCGAAGAUCAUUGCCACUCUCAACUCCCAAUUUCCUGGAAUUCAAUUUAUUGGAUCUUCCUUUUUUGGGUCUCGACCCCAAAUCCCAAAUGAGGUGCUCGAGAAGACUUUCUUCUUGGACGAGAACACAAUCAAUCAUGUCCGAUCCAACUUUAUGUAA